AUGAUAGGAAGUGACGGCCCGCGAACCAGGCUGGGGCUUGAUGCCAUCUUUGAGAGCUGCUGUAGUUUCAACCAGAGGGAGGAGUCCGAGGUCUCAUCAGGUGUCCAAGUCGGAGGGAAGCGGAGACCUCGUUCUGAAGAACUGGCAGCCCGUCAUCAGAGGGAGGAUGUCAGGGCUCAGGAGGAGGCAGGGUGCCCUCCUUGCCUGCCACCCUGCCUACACACGCCUGUGAUCCAUAACCUGUGUCACCAUGCCUCGGAGGCACAAGAACAAGGUUUUUCCUCCAGCUCCCCUGCUUCUGGUGAUCACCAGGAGCUUCAGGGAGCCAUGGCCCCUAGCUCUCCUGAUGCAGGGCCUUUCUGCACAGGAUCUGAUGAAGGUGCCCAGGGCCCAGAGGAGGAAAGUGUAGGUGCCUCCCAGGCAGCCCCGGCCACUCAGAGUACUCGCAAAGAUCCUCUGACUCCAAAGGCCAGCAUGCUGGUGGGGUUCCUGCUGGACAAGUACCCCAAGCAGCAGCCCCUUACACAGAACACCCUGCUGAAGGUCGUCAGCAGGUUGUACAGGCAGCACUUCCCCAAGAUCCUCAGGAGAGCCUCUGAGCGUGUGGAGCUGGUGUUUGGCCUGGAGCUGAUGGAUGUCGACUGUAGCAGGAAGAUCUAUGCCCUCAUCAGCAAGCUCAACCUCAGGGGCGAUGAAGGUCCAAGUGAUGAAGGAGGGCUGCCCAAGUCCGGUCUCCUCAUGGUGCUCCUCGGCAUUAUCUUCGUGAAGGGUAACCACGCAACUGGGGAGGAGAUCUGGGAAUUACUCAGUGUGUUGGAGGUCUAUGCUGGGUGGAGGCACUGGAUCUUUGGGGAGACCAGAAGGCUCAUCACCAAAGAUCUGGUGCAGAGGAAGUACCUGAUGUACUGA